AUGGUGAAACGCCAGGGCCAGUCUGUCGGAGGCCACGCCAUGUCGUUCAGCUUCAUGAUGCAGGACCCGACGUCCAUCCAAUCCACGAGGCACAUUCCCCUGAUCAGGAACCUGCAGAAGCAGGUCAAGGAUACCGACGCCCAGCUCAAGGAGACGAAGAAGGUGCUUCAGAGUGUGGUCAAGACAUUUCUCGAGAGCAACAACAAGAUCGUUGCCGAGGCGGUGGCUGGUGCCAAGAAGAAGACUGGCCCGAAGAUGGUCGAGGCCGAGGUCCAGAGCUCGCCGACGGUGUUGGGCCGCCUGCCCAAGCUGACCAAGUUGCCAUCACUGAUGAUUGCAGACGGCAAGGAUCUGCCGCGCCCAGAGAAGCGCAAGCGUAGGAAG